UGUUGAGUACAAUGUUGCUCAACUUUGUAAAUGUUGCUACUCAUUUUUACUACAUAAAUAAAUACAUUCUGCUUCUGAGAGACCAUUACAUACUAAUUGAUUGUGAGAGUAGUAAACAUAAGCAAAUGAUGCGAAUCGAAUGCCAAAUGUAGGCAACACUCCAAUGUAGCAGAGCAACGAACUGAGCGACACGUUACCAAACAUACGAACCAACAACGAACUGUAACCGUAAUUAGUGAGAGAGCGCCGAGAAUGUGUAUGAGCGAGAAGAAGAGGAAGCAGCGUAGUGUUGCAUUUGCGUACAACAGUAAAGAUUUGCGUACUUUAGUAUUAUUUGUGUUCUCAACAGUGUCGGUGUAUAAUAAUAUAAUAACGGUUACUUGUUGUGUGGCUUGUAUGAUCGGUGUACGGAAAGCAGCCAGCAAUCAAUUAGCAGCUGUGAAUCCCGAAAAAAAGCAAGGCGGCUAAGCAGCAGCCGACCGAAAAAUACUUUCUGCUAUUCAACGUACGUUUUGUUUUUGUGUAUUUACGAAUUUCGAAUUUUGCGUUUUUAUUAUAUUUUCGCGGAAUGGUUUAUUAAUCGAAUGCAAAUUUGAGUGUAGAAGAAAGCAAAAGAAAGAAUUAUAUCGAAGCGAAUAAAUAGUAACACGAGUAAGCGAUGAAGUUGUUGUGUAGCCGCUGAAAGCGAAUCAUUGAAACAAGAAAAAGGUGAAAAACGCAAAAAUUUUUGUGGAAGAAGUGUGCAAAUUUCAAGCUUAUAAAAUGUGUAGAAAUUAAAUAUCUCAACCAAAAUGUGUACCAUUAAACUAAAAUAAAGUGUUUGCUAAGGGUCAUUCCCUUCAAGUCAAACGUCCUUUCACGUAAUGCGAAAAACAAAUGUAAAAAUAUCAUAAAUUUAAACUAAAAAAAACAACAACAAAGACAAAAAGUUGUGCAAACCAAUUUGCACAAACUUUUUGCAGUUUGAAGCGCAGGACGGCGCAUUAGUGUGUGACGAAUAACAGCGGUAAAUUGCGCUACCCGAAAAGUAAUAAAACACAACUAUGGCAAUGUACAUAAAAGUGCAUGAAAGAUAAAAAUUAACAACGAAUUCCCAUGUAUAUGUGUGUGCAUACUAACAACAAUAGUAAUCUAACAUAGCAGCAUAGCAUACAACGCUGCGCAACAUCAUCACCAUCCAACAUUGCACCAGGCACAACGUUUCCAGCUCCACUCCAGUUAGAGUAGCCAUCAGAAAUAAAUACACCAAUCAAGUGCAACGCGAAGACAGCAGCUAACUGGCUUGCUAUAAUAUAAAAAAGUAGGGAAACAACAACAACAGCAAAUACCAACUAGCAACAUUCAACGAUUGCAUUUUGAUAGUCUCUCAACAGCGGUGAGGACAUAUCUACAUCGUUACUUACUCCUGCCUGGAGCAACUUUGCCAUCUUUAUUAAUAUACAACAACAACUGCAGCAACAGCGCACGCAACUUCAAUAUGAUUGCCAUGUGGAGAUACUUUUUAAUCGGUAAGUUCCAAAACUAAAUCAACAGAAAUGUCGUUCAGGUAAAUAACGCAAUAAUUAUUUUGGGAUUCAAAAUUUGGUAUUUGGCGAAUAGAAUUUUCUAUCUUAAGAAAUGUAAAUGCUUUAUAUCCCUUCAUAAGACUAGAGACAUCAUGUGGCAUAUUUUAUAUAUAUCUAAGUACUAGCAUCAUUUUAAUUUAUUUGAUCAUCAUUAAUCUCCUCAAUUCGGUCUUUCACAUGAAUAUCCGAUUAAAUUAAAACUAAUUAAAAAAAAAACGUUAUACAGUUCAUAUUUGACCCAUUAGUCCCUUGUGUUGUCUCAAAACUCAAUUAAUCGGAGACUCUGUGGUAGAUAUUAAAUUUUUGUAUGGAAGCGUUCAUUAAAACAUUUCGAACAUCUGCCAACAUAACUACACUAAUGCCUUCAUAUACAUAUUGUACAUACACACACACAUAGAUGUAUAUCCAACUCUACAAGUGCGCACAACAAUGGCGAUCCAUCAAUUUAAAUGAAAUAUCUUUUCAUUGCUGCAGCGGCGGCUUUGUGCACAAUUAACAUAAAUUUAAAUUAAAAACUCAUAGUUUUUUCUUUGAGUGCACAUAAUUACAUAAUUUAUAGUGUUGGCUGCGUGUAGUGCGGCAAUAAAAAUUUGUUCUACUAAUUUCGGUUUUCGAACAAUUAAAAGAAGGUAAAUACGAGUUUAUAUUCUUCUGAAUUCAUUAAAAUUUAAUUCGAAGUGACAGCGAAAAUUCACAACUUUAAAUAAAACUCCUCAAUUUCUUCAAAAAAAUAGAAACCCAAAACAAAAAACAAAAAUAAAAUAAAAAUAAAAACUAAAGUAAAAAAUAAAGACAAUAAAAUUAAAAAAAAUAUAAUAAAAAAUAAUUAAAAAAUAGUAAAAAAGUUGAAAAAAAACAAUAAACGAAAAUAAAUAAGAAAAAGUUAAAAAAAAUAACGUAAAAAAAAAUUUAAAAAAAUUAAAAAAAAUAAAAAUAAAUUAAAAACUGAAAAAUAGAAUCUAGAACAACAAUAGAAAAAAAUAAUAAACAUAUAUAAUAAAAAAGAUGUAAAAAAAUGUUUUUUUUGUUAUGCUGGAAACGAUCGAGCAAACUAAAAACUAUAAAAAGUAAGUGAAUUAAUCUUGUUCUCUUCAAUAGGAAACAACAAUCUCCUCCACUGCAAACAAUAACCUUAAGAGGGGAAUCAUUACUCCUAUCUGAUUCAGCUAAAUAUCUAGGAGUUAUUCUAGAUAGGAAGUUGAGUUGGAAAUUGAAUAUCGAAAACAGAUGUAAAAAAGCUUUCAUAGCUCUUUAUACUUGUAAGAAAGCUAUAGGCAAAACCUGGGGUUUUUCACCUCGGAUCAUUUAUUGGAUAUAUACCUCGAUCAUCAAACCGAUACUCUUCUACGGUGUGGUUGUAUGGUGGACAGCACUCGAAAAACGGUGUAGAGUAGCCACAAUUGAUCGAGUUCAAAGAACAGCCUGCCUCCUGAUAACAGGAUGCUUAAGUACAACACCUACUAAGGCUCUAAAUACGUUGCUUCACUUGUUCCCUAUCGAUUUGGCUGGCAAAGCGAUUGCAGCGAAAGCAGCGACACGCAUGAAUGCUAUAUCGAAAUGGAAUAAGUAUCUUGGCCAUUCGGCCAUACUGAACAGGAACACUGUUAUCUCUUCCGACAUAGACUAUCAUGUAAGUCUUCCAUCACCACCCUUGCUAUUCUCCUGUUCACUCCCAACUAGGGAAGAAUGGAAGACAAAUCUAACCGAAAUCGAUGGCCCUCUGAUUAUAUAUACAGAUGGUUCAAAACAAGACGGCAAAGUGGGAUUUGGAAUCUUUUCCAAUUCCCCUCACAUCAAUCUAUCAUUUAGAUUAUCCGACUACUGUAGCGUAUUCCAAGCGGAAGUAUGCGCUAUCUGGUAUGCUGCGAAAACUCUCUUAGAAAAUAGAAUAUCACUAGAGGAUAUCCGCUUUUUCACCGACAGUCAAGCGGCCGUUCGAGCACUCAGCUCCUCUUAUACCCACUCAGAUGUGGUUCGAUCCUGUCUCUUAUCUCUUAACGAGAUAAGUGUUCAGAAUUCUGUCCAAGUUAUCUGGAUACCGGGUCACAGUGGAUUCGAAGGUAACUGCAAAGCUGAUGAGCUCGCAAGAGCUGGAGCUGCGCAAUCAAAUGUUAGUAACUUACCCACAAUCCACAUUCCGCUCUCAACAUGCAAAUUGCUCAUUGAUCGAGAAUUUCACAGCAUUGCUGAUCGGAGGUGGCGAGUGGAAACUACUUGCGUUACGACCAGACAAAUCGGGCCAUCCUACAAUCUGAAACAGACAAAAACCCUUAUAAGUCUUUCGAAACACGAACUAAGGCAUAUAAUAUCUCUUAUCACCGGCCACUGCCUGUUGGGCACUCACGCACGUCGGCUCGGGGUUCCUCAAAACGACCUGUGCAGAUACUGCGAGGACGAAGAUGAGGAAGUAUCGAGCAGACAUUUGCUGUGCAGUUGUCCCGGUCUAGCCAGAAGUCGACUCGCUCUUCUUGGCUCUCCAACAAUUGACAAUCUUUCAGUACUCUCGAACCUGAAAAUCGAAUCUCUCAUCAAAUUCUCGAAACGAAUUAAUAUCUUUGACCAAAAUCCACAAUAAAAAUCUCGGUUAGGUGGGGAAAUCAUAUAACGUAAUGAGCUCUAGGGCAACACAACGGACCCAACUUGCGGUCUAUGUGGCACUCCGAUGCGGGGUCACCCUUAAACCAACCAACCAACCAAGUGAAUUAAAAAAAUAAUAAAAAGCAAUAGAAUAAUAAAAAAAGUAAAAAAAUGUUUUUUUUUUGUUAUGCUUGAAACGAUCGAGAA